AUGGACUUCGUUGACUUGAACGACGUUAAACUAUUUAACGAGUUCGGUAAGAUCAACGUCGUUAAACUGUUGCGUUACGUUAUCGAACUCGUUUCACCCAUUCUCUCUUUGCUUGCCCGAAUCAUUAUUUCUGUACAUUGUUCAGUUGACGCCUCGGCUGCGGUUUCACCUCGUGACUUUCGUGCUGCACUUUCUUCAUGUCUCUUGUCGAUGCUGAAAUGGAUUUUCUCCAAGUUCCAUUCCUUCCAUUCGGGAGGCCAUGUUGCCAUUCUUUUCCAUCCAUCCACCCACUCAGCCCUCCUGCCACAUGCAUGCAUGCCUACAAAUACACAGUCGUGCACACAAAUGCCGACAAGUCGUUGUGCAAUCAUGACUGCAAUCGGAACCUCCUUCGUGCUUUCUACCAAUGACAUGUCCAGCUGUGCAUGUACAUGUGUGUGA